GCUCAGACGUGCACGCGCCGCCGUCUCAGUACGGAAUCACUUUGACGAGUCUUCGGCCGGAAACUAUGACUUAACGCGAGAAAGAUGAGUAUCCAGACAGAAGACACGAUCAGCCUGUGCAAGAAGGCUCUCCAGAUCGUCACGGAGCUGUGUCUCGGAGGACAUGUGGACCGUCACAAGUGCUCCGAGAUAUUCCCCCUGGACAGCUCCAUACCAGGUAAAGGCGCUACAGACAUCUCCGUCAGUCUCCUUGCCUUGGUCGUCAGUUUCUGUGGUCUUGCCCUGUUGUUAGUCUCUCUCUUUGUGUUCUGGAAGCUGUGUUGGCCAGUUUGGAGGAACAAAGCUCUCACAUCUCAUGCCAAUAACGCCCCUCAGAGUGUCUCCGCCGCACCGCCGCCCGAGGAACCGCAGCCCGAGGAAAAAAGGGAGCCCGAAGUGAAGGUAAAUGGCAGGAACUCGGUGAAGGCCCUGGACACUGCCAUGAAGAUCAGCCAGACAUCUCCUGACAUCCCAGCUGAGGUACAGACCACUUUAAAAGAGCACCUCAUCAAGCAUGCCAGAGUCCAGCGACAGACCACAGAGCCCACCUCCUCCUCCAGGCACAACUCAUUCCGACGUCACCUACCACGGCAAAUGCAUGUGUCAAGUGUGGACUUCAGCAUGGAAACUUUGCCCAUGCGGCAGCCCUCCAACAGCCUGGGUAGGAUCAAGCCGGAGCUUUACAAGCAGAAGUCCGUUGACUCAGAAGAUGGGAACAAGGAGAAUGUAGAGACGUGUGGCAAGCUGAGCUUCUCACUGCAGUAUGACUAUGAGAACCAGAGCCUGGUAGUGAAGAUCCUCAAAGCUCUGGACCUUCCAGCAAAGGACUUCACCGGUACUUCGGACCCCUAUGUGAAGAUAUACCUGUUGCCUGAGAGGAAGAAGAAGUUUCAGACACGAGUGCAUCGCAAAACACUCAACCCUGUGUUUGAUGAGACCUUCCAGUUUCCGGUGGAGUACGAUCAGAUAUGCAACAGGAAGUUGCAUUUUAGUGUAUACGACUUUGACCGUUUCACCAGCCAUGACAUGAUAGGGGAAGUGUUGGUAGACAACCUCUUUGAGCUGUCUGACCUCUCCAGAGAAGCAAUUGUGUGGAAGGAUAUCCAUUGUGCUACAACGGAAAGUGUCGACCUGGGAGAGAUCAUGUACUCACUCUGCUACCUGCCCACGGCUGGGAGAAUGACUCUGACUGUCAUCAAGUGUCGAAACCUCAAAGCCAUGGACAUCACAGGUUACUCAGACCCUUAUGUUAAAGUGUGGCUGAUGUGUGAGGGACGGAGAUUAAAAAAGCGAAAAACAACAACAAAAAAGAACACGCUCAAUCCGGUUUACAACGAGGCCAUUAUUUUCGACAUCCCUCCAGAGAAUGUGGAGCAAGUUAGUCUGUCCAUCAUAGUGAUGGAUUAUGACCGGGUUGGACACAAUGAGGUGAUUGGUGUGUGCAGAGCGGGACCAGAUGCCGAAGGUUUGGGUCGAGACCAUUGGAACGAAAUGCUAGCCUAUCCUCGAAAGCCCAUCACACAUUGGCAUGCCUUGGGAGAGUGGCCAGGAAGGGCCAGCAGCUUUGACAGUCAGGGGUCCUGUCCAUCACCCAAGCCUUCUAUGACUCCGUAAGACAGCCUCAACAUGAAAAAAAUACUAACUGAUUCCUAUAGAUUUUGUUCACAUUAGCAACAUAU